UUCCGGCCAGCUCAGCGCGUCCGGAGUGUUGUGUUGUCAAUCUAGCUACUGCCUGUCAUUAGCCACUCACUUAGCGACACUGUGGCGAUCACUAGUGGUGGACAAUAACAAAUUCAGUUCCAAAAUGGUGCUGCUGACAAUGAUCGCUCGGUUGGCGGAUGGACUGCCGCUUGCCGCCUCAAUGCAGGAGGACGAACAGUUGGGUCGGGACCUGCAACAGUACCAGAGCCAGGCUAAACAACUGUUCAGGAAACUGAAUGACCAGAGUCCCACACGUUGCACAUUAGAGGCAGGAUCCAUGUCCUUUCACUACGUCAUAGAAAAAGGAGUAGUUUACCUAGUGCUGUCUGAAGCAAGCUUUCCCAAAAAACUUGCCUUUGCUUACCUGGAAGACCUGCAGGCAGAGUUCCAUGAACAGCACGGGAAGAAGAUCCCCACUGUGUCCCGGCCGUACUCCUUCAUUGAGUUUGACACCUACAUUCAGAAGACCAAGAAGUCCUACAUAGACAGCCGAGCCCGUAGGAACCUGGGCAGCAUCAACACAGAGCUGCAGGAUGUCCAGAGGAUCAUGGUGGCCAACAUUGAGGAAGUAUUGCAACGAGGGGAGGCCUUGUCUGCUCUGGACUCCAAGGCCAGUAAUCUGUCCAGCCUGUCAAAGAAGUACAGAAGCGAUGCCAAGUACCUGAACACUCGUUCCACCUAUGCUAAGCUGGCCGCAGGCGGGGUCUUCUUCAUUAUGCUUAUCGUCUACGUCCGCUUCUGGUGGCUCUGAGAGAGGGGAGGGGUUGGAGAAGAAGAGCUGGAAGAAGUUGAGCUCUGGUCUCACAUUCUAUCCAAUAUGGGAUCCCUCCUUUUAACACAAGACUGUUGAAGACUUGUUUUUCCCAACUGUCUGUCCAUAUAUCUAUCAAGUAAUUACAUGUUAUGUUUUAUUAGCAAUUAGGUAGUCAUCCUGUAGUGGUUAUACCUUGGAGUUGAAAGAGUGUGAGUAUUGCAUGUGAGAAUGUGACAGAGGAAAUGUUUGUUUUGUGCGUGUGUGUGUUUUACCAAAUCCUGUAUGAUGACAAAUCUUCUCUUAUCAAUUUAGUUGUGUAUAGCAGUAAGAAAGAAAAAUCUACAUAGUUAUAUUUACCCAGAGGAUAUCAUAAGGGCUUUGCUGUUAAUAACACUACUAUUAUUAUGUUGGCAUUGUGGUUUGGUGGAGAUUUCUUAAUGGUUAACCUGCUGUUCUGGGGUGAUCAAUCACAUUACAUGUGAUUAUUGGCUGCAGAAAUAAUAUUCCUCAUUCACCUUCAUCUUCACGCUGAAAGAUUGGAACAGUUUAACACCAGACCAGACACAUUCAUCGGUUGAUGUCUAAAGGGGGGCAUCUUUUAUUUUGUAAAAAGUUUACAGAAGUGAAGACACCAUGUUAAAAAAAAAAUCAGGAUGAGAAUUGUAGCUAGUUUAUGUUAUGAAGCUGGCUUAUGCUAAUCGGUGGCUGGAUAGGGUAAUGAAUUUUAACUUCACUGUUUCGUCUGCUAUAAAUAAAAUGAUUUUCACUAAA